AAGGAAUCUCGUGUCUCUUUCACAACCAUAUUCAAACUUUCAACUUGCCAAGUCAGAGCUGAAAUUUAAGAUAAAGUUACAAGAGGAAGAGGAAGACUAGUCACCAUAGGCAAGCAGAGACUUUGGAAUCUCUGAUAUUUUGAGCCAUUACAAAAACUUGCAAUAAUUUUCAUUAACCAGACAGCCAGAAUAGCACCUUGCUUUUCUUCAACCAAAAAAAAAAAAAAAAAAAGAAUUCUAAACCAGAGAGUAAAAUAAUAAAUAAUAAUCAGCCUCCAUAACAUUACCAUAUUGAAAACUCUAUUGCUUUUCCUAUCCAACUACAAAUUCAGAAGAAGUGAUUCCUAACCAGCUUGAAAGUGGAGCUGAUUUUCAUGGUAAUUCUACUUCUGCAGAAUCUGAGAUGUUGUCAAUAACCAAUGAAUCAUCUUUUUAUCAGAAUCAAGAAAGUAGUGACAUGGGAGGAACAGAGCCAAAGAAGAAGCUGAAGAAAUUGAGGUCAGUCAAGCUUUCAAGAUUGCCAAGCUUAAGAUCAUCCACAAGGAGGGCUAAAUCUCGAUCCAAUCACCUUCCCAUUGUCUUAUCUGCUAAUGUAUCAAGCUCAGGGCAGUCAACUCCAUUUGAAAUGUCAGAUGGGUCUCCAAAUUUUGUGAAGGCCACAAGCAGUGCAGAUGCAAAGAAGGAAACUUCGCAGAAUUCAGUGACAAGGUUGAUAAGGAGAUCAAGUUUUAAGCCUGGGAAGAGUUUAACAAGAAUGUCUAGUUUGAGGUACAAGAGGUCUUUGAUGAGUAAAAGCUCUGGAGGGACAGAGUUGCAGAGGAAACUGAAGAAGUCAAGAUCAAUGAAGAAGGCAAGUUUUAAGGGGUCAAGUCUAUCCAUAAGAAGCAUGGAAUCUGGCUAUCAGGCAAGUCCCCAUACUUCUGAAUCCAGUUUUAGUAGCAAUGGUCAAAUUAGGAAAAAAUCAAGAGCUCCAAAUCCAAAACCUGUCUUUUCUGGUAACAAAUCUGUGAGAAUUAUAACAAGAACAUCAAGUUUGAGACCCAUGAAAGUGUUAACAAAAAUGGGUACUUUCAAAUCAAAGAAAAAUUCCAUGGGGAGAUGUUCUAACACAUGUCAAAUCUCGGACUCAAGCAUGCGUAAAGCUACCUGUUCUUCAACUCUCAAGAACUCCAAAUUCCCUGUCUCCUUGGAGCUUCAUCCUGGAGGACAUGAAUCUGAAAGAAAUUCAAUCAUGAAGGUUUGUCCAUACACUUACUGCUCUCUGCAUGGCCAUCACCAUAAUGAUUCACCUCCAUUGAAGAGCUUCAUAUCUACUAAGCGGCGUUUAUUGAGGACCCAGAAGAGCAUGAAACGGGACAGUCAAUUUCUUAAAGGCGGCCGGUCUGGAAAUAUGAAGAAAGGAAUUCAGACAAAAAAAAUGGUCCACAAUGGAGAUCCAGCAGCUCGUAAAUCCCGCAGAGCUAUCUCUCCCAUUGAAGAAAAAGCUGGCAGGGACUUCACUGUCAAUACAUAUGCUGAACCAGAAGCCACAUCAAAUGAAGUUGGCCCUUCAGGUGGAAAAGAUGAAGAGGCUAAUUCCAUUCUCACUGAUGACAUGUACAAUGGUGAUUCAGAAUCAUUUGGCGAAAAUUUUAAGGCCAAGUGUUUAAUUGUUGAACCACCUGAUGGAUAUAGAAGACCAAUCCUUGACAGAUUUGUGGAAUCAACGGGAAGUAACAGUGUGGUCUCUUCUGAUAUUGAUCAUGAGCCAAUGGAGGAAGAAUUUACAGGCGGUGAAGAAAAGAAAGGAUGUUCAAACGAUGUAGAAGGCAAGAUGCAGUUUAAAAAUCAGAAAUAUAUCAGAAUGUGGCGCUUGCUAUAUAAGCAUGCAGUGGUAGGUAUUGAUGGAAAAGUUGAAAACCAGCAUCAUCUAGAUGGAGUGGACAGUGAAGAACAAGUGGAAGAUGGUAACAACUUGCUUGGAAUGAACAACUCUAGUUCUUCUGAGGAUUUUUCUGAAACAAAUGAAGACACCGCUAAGGAAAGUCAAGAUACAUACCAACAAAGGAAUGAGCUCAGCCAGAUUGAUGCCAUCAAGCUGGUACAAGAUGCAGUCGAUAAUAUCCUUCUCCAAGACUUUCAAGACAACUCAACUGAUGAUCAAUCAAUUACUAGUAGCACAAGUUCAGACCAGGAACUCUUAGGAAAGAGUCAUGGUGAGGGUGGGGAUCGGAGCAUGUCAGAUUCCAGUGAGCCUGCUAAAGACAGUAUGAUACAAGAUACAAAAGCAAUAUGGCUCAACAUCAAUACUAUUAGUACUCCCAAAGAUGAGAAAGCAGCAUCUGAGGUGGGAAACAAAUCUGACAAGAAAAUGCUCAAGGGAUGGAGCAAUUUGAAAAGGAUAAUCCUCCUCAAGAGAUUUGUCAAGGCACUGGAGAAGGUGAGGAAUUUCAAACCCCGAGGGCCACGAUAUCUAUCUUUGAAGCCUGAUCCAGAAGCAGAAAAAGUUAAUCUGAGGCACCAAACAACAGACAAGAGAAAAAACACUGAGGAAUGGAUGCUUGAUCAUGCACUUCAACAGGUCAUUUCUAAAUUAGCUCCAGCUCAAAAACAAAAAGUAGCACUGCUUGUAGAAGCUUUUGAGAAAGUACUUCCACUUCAAGAAAUUGAAACUAGCCAGAGGUCCAAUGCAGCAGUUUGCACUCAAGCAAAUUCCAUUCAAUCCUGUAAUGGUUUUUCAAUUCAAAGUGGAGAAGAAAAAUGUCAAGAAAGAAGUUAUGAAGAGUCUGCUGAGAACUUGCCAAGAAAAACAUCAUAUCUAGAGAAAGAAUUCAAACACUAUCCAGACCAAGUCCGUGAUUUUCUUACAGACAAACAGAAAACUCCAGUGAAAUUUUCUGAGCUUGGAGUAGAUUUGGAGAGUUGCUGCAUUAAAACAGAACAUGACAUUCUUGCUUCUCAAGCCACCAAAGAAGACUGGAAGGAAAAGAAAAUUUUUGCCAUCAAUCUUGAUAAGGUGGACAACAAAUUCAUUCUUGCUGAUGAUCAGCCUGAUUCCAUCAACAGUUGUUCACCGGAGGUCAAAGUCCCCAGCUUAUGUGAUGAAUUCUCCUUGAAGCCAGAGGACAUUGUGAGCAUCUGUCACAAAGAAGUUCAAGAGAAUGGAGAAGUCUCCAGAGAAUUUACUUCAAGUUCAGAACCUUGCAACAGUGGUUCUGAAUCAAUGGCAACCCAGGAAGAAAGAGGAGGAGCUAAGCCAGAAUCUCAGUCCCUUCCAGGGUUUUCUCCAAUUGAAGAAUCUAAGCAUUGUUCCACCGCUGAUGUAGCAAAUGAUACACAAUUUGAAAAACAGAAAAACAUGGGGCUGUGGGGCUUAGUAUAUAAGCACAUGGUAUCAGCUCUUGCAGAAAAUGAUGAAACCAAGCCACAUCUUGAUGAAGCAGGUAAAGAAGAACAAGCGAGCAAUGCCAACUCAUUGCCUGUAACAAGCAUCUCCAAUUCUUGUCAAAAUUUCUCAGAAAUAAAUCAAGACAUGGAAAUGGAUAACAAGCCAGAUGACCAGAAGGUUGAACUCCAACGUAUUGAGGCCAUUAAGCUUGUAGAAGAAGCAAUUGAUGAAAUCCUUCUUCCAGAAAUGCAGGACCACUCAACUGAUGAUCAACAAAUCGCUAGUGGCAUAAAUCAAGAUAAAGAGCUCCCAGAAGAGAAACGUGGUGAAGGAGGGGAACCAUUCAUCUCGAAGUGCAAAAUUUUGGAUAAAGACAGCUUCGUGGAGUCUGAAAAUACAGAUUCAGAAGAAAAAAGGCUCAUAUCUGAUAGUGUCAGUACCCAAGAAGAAGAGAAAACAGAAAUGAAGGUGGGAAAGAAAUCUAACCAACAAAUAACAAGGAGCUGGAGCAACGUGAAAAAGUUGAUCCUACUUAAAAGAUUCAUCAAGGCAGUAGUAAAAGUAAGGAAAUUUAAUCCAAGGGAGCCACGGUAUUUGCCUUCGGAGCUGGACCCUGAAGCAGAAAAAGUUCAUUUAAGGCAUCAAGACAUGGAUCAGAAAAAGAAUGCUGAGGAAUGGAUGCUUGAUUAUGCACUUCAACAGGUUGUUGCAAAACUGACUCCAGAACGGAAAAGGAAAGUGGAACUUCUUGUAAAAGCAUUUGAAACAGUCACUCCAACUAUUGGAAGUUGAAAGGCAAGACGCAGCAGCUUCAUAUCAUGCAAAACUGCAAACAGUCAAGGUAAGACGACAAAAAGCAGCUACUUGGUGGUGAUCAGUGGACAUUGCUCUGUAGUAUCAGUCUGAGGGGAAAUGUUCCAAAGUAAUAAUCUCUGAAAGUUAAUCAUUCUGACAUGUAGGACACAGAAGUAUAACACAUAGAUGCAAGUUGCGAGUCUAUAGAGAUGGUAACCUCUCAGCUGAACCACUGAACUGUUAUUUAUUCUGUCAUUUAGAACACAGAAGUGUACCCCAUAGAUGAAAGUUGUGAGUCAAUGGAGAUUAAAAGGUGCAUGCCCUCUUUUUUUCCUUUUGUGAUUUUUUAGUCUUAUUGAAAUCUGCAUAUAUUGUGAAGAAUAAAUAGAAAUACAAUGAUAAAAAUUUGUACUUGGGAGUUGCAAUUUUUGUAGUGUAUCAAAAACUGUUUUAUAAUGUACAUUGUAAUGCAGUAAUGACUCAAGAGAAUUGAACAAGCACAGAUAGUUCAUAGUCAA